UAUAUAUAUAAAAAUUUUUUCCUUCCUCCUUUUUUUUUUAUUUUUUAUUUUUUUUUUUCCUUUUUCUCCCGUGCAAAGUGAGGAAGGAACUGCACCAAGGCAGCCCUCGAGAUCUCGCAGUAUUGCUCCGUUUUAUCGCUGCUAUUAUUCGUUAAUUAAUUCCCUUUUUUUAAUCUCAACUCCGAACGGACUGUUCUCAGAGAGAGAAACGUUUCGAUCCGUAUCAGUAAUUUUAUUUUUCGCCCUUUUUGCGAGAAAAAAAAGCGGGGAGAGGGUGCAGUGCGGCCCGGCGGGGCGGGGGGAGACGCCGGCAAAUCCAAAGCUCCGCCGGUCCCGGCGCAGAGCGGCCGCGGGGGGAGGCGGGACCCAGCGCCGCCCGCCAGGGGGGCGAGCCGCCCCACACAGGUGAUGGGCGUUUCGGCUGCGCUCCGGAUCGACUCCUUGGGUUUCACUUUGGUCUGAUCUAAGCAAAUAUGCAGAAGUACCGGCUGGUCUAGUCCUUAGAGCCAAGAGGAGCGAGCGAGAGCGGCAGAAAGGAGAGCGGCCGCGCUCCCGUUGGAGGGGAACGUACAAACAGCGGCAGCGCCGUAAUUCCAGCACCGCCACGCCGAGGCAGCCCCGAGCCACCCUGGAUGCGGAGGACCCCCGAAGCCACCCCGCUGCCUUUCCCCUGAGGGAUGGUACUGAAUUUCUGCGCGGCAGGAGCCGGCCUGCAGCUCCUCUCCAUCAGCGUUGCCUUCCCUCCGUAUCUAAAGUGCACUAGACCGCGAUGAGGACCUGGGCUUGCGUUUUGCUGAUAGGUUUUGGCUACCUGUCCUUUACCUCCUGCGAGGAGGCCGAGAUCCCGCAGGAGCUGAUCGAGCGGCUGGCGCACAGCGAGAUCCACAGCAUCCGCGACUUGCAGCGCCUCCUGGAGAUUGACUCCGUAGGAUAUGAUGAUGUUUCAGAGGCAAACUUGAGGUCUUAUAGUGUUCAUUCUGCUAAACAUGUGCAAGAGAACCGUCCUGUGCCCAUUCGCAGAAAAAGAAGCAUUGAGGAAGCCAUCCCGGCUGUCUGCAAAACACGGACGGUGAUAUAUGAGAUACCUCGGAGUCAGAUUGAUCCCACCUCGGCCAACUUCCUGAUAUGGCCGCCGUGCGUGGAGGUGAAGCGCUGCACUGGCUGCUGCAACACCAGCAGUGUGAAAUGCCAGCCCUCACGGAUACACCACAGAAGUGUCAAGGUGGCAAAAGUGGAAUAUGUUAGAAAAAAGCCAAAAUUAAAAGAAGUUCUGGUGAGAUUAGAAGAGCAUAUGGAAUGCACCUGUACAUCAACAAAUACUAAUUCAGAUUAUAGAGAAGAAGAAACUGCCCUGCCCUUAUGUUAACAGGAAGGCCUAGGGAAUCAGGUAAAAAACGGAAACGAAAAAAGUUAAAACCAACAUAAAACCUACUGGAACUAUUUGAUAUUCAGAUUAACAGGUAUUUAUUGGGAGUAGUAUGAUAGAAGCAAAGAUUUUCUAAAAUUCAACCCUUAAAAGUGCGCAUGUAAACUCAAUCAGAGCAGCAUUUAGAGCUCCUUGCCCCAGAUGUAAGGUGAAAAUAAGCUAGAAAAAAAACUUCUCUCUGGGACAUGGAUGUACAUGGUUUGUUACAUUCCUGAACCUACUAUGUAUGGUGCUUAUUGACUGUAUACUUUAUUUGUUCUCCUGUGUGGAAAAAACAAAACAAAACAAAACUGGCUCAAAAGAACACUUAAUGAGAACAAAGAGACAAUGUACAUUUGUUUAAUGUGACAUCAAAGCAAGUAUUGUAGCACUCUGUGAAACAAUAGGAAGCUUCCCUGUCCAAAAAAGAAAAAAAAAAAAAGAGAAAAAAACAGAAAAGAAAAAAGACAGUUGAAUGAAUGAAUGGAGGAUACCAAAAGUACCCAAAAACAUGACAAAAAUCUGAGUGAAUAGUGGAUUUCUGUCAGAGCAGUCAACGGUGCUUUACGUCAAGAAAUGUGCCUGCGUUCUUGAUGAAGAUGGAUGGACACUGAUGGACUUCAGGCACAAAAAAAGCAGGAAUGUAUGAAAUGAUCAAAUGCCACGCAAACACUAUAGAACAAUACAUCCUUGCUUGGUGGUGUUUUAAAAGUCUAUACAAAAACAAAGCAACAAACCUUCUGGGGAGCCUUAAGUGGAUUUUUUUUUUUUUUUUUUUUUUUUUUUUUUUUUUUUUACACCAUAAAGUGAUUAUUAAGUUUUCUUUUUACUCUUUGCCUAGCUUUUUAUUAUCUCUUGGACUACAUUUGCCAAUAACACAUAUAAAAGACUGGUAUAACAGCAAGAACACGAAACAUUGCGGUAUUUCUCCUAGUGGGAUGCAAACUAAUGAGAUGUAUUAAAAUAAAAGUGGUAUACCUAUGCAUAAUUUUCUAGACGUUUCUUGGUUUAUGUUCCCCAACCUCCCCCGUAAUUUAAAGCAUUACGUAAAAAGAAAUAAAGAGGAAAGAAAAGAGAGACGUGCGUAAACAAAUCAUAGGAUAUCCAUGCAAAAACCCUUUUUUUUUUCCUUUCAGACUUAUGCCAGUUGCCUACUAGUGAUAUUGUGUUAGCAAUUGUCAUUCUUAUCAGUAUACAGAUACUUUUAUUUCACAUGUUGGAGCUGUGUGAAAUGUACAAGUUCUUGUAUCUGCAUUGUACAAUGUCAUGGUGGCAUGGGAACUACCUUGCUGCAAAUAUUUGAACAAAACCUAAAAUUCUUUAUUUUUGGUAAAAUGUUAUGCUUUAUGUGUAUUCAACAGAAAUAUGUGUUUUUGUAAAGGUGAAGUUUGUAUUUUUAUCUAAAAAUUAACAGUUUUAUAUACCUGAGAAAGCCUGCUAUGUUUUCUUGAACCAAAAAAAAAAAAAAAAAAAGAAAAAAAAAGAAAAAAGAAGAAAAAAAAAAAAGCAUUUUGUGGUCAUAUUUUUGUAGUAGAAUAGCCCAAAUAACAUCAAAAUCUAUUUUAACUAUAGCAGGGCAGAUAAAAUAGUCUGGCAUGAGCCCCUGUAUUUUCAAAGUGCCAAAGGAUGAUGUGUUGAGCUCUCCCUGGAUUGCAGUGGGAGCCACAUGUCUAAAUCCUGCUUUACUGCUUUGGAAAUUCAGGGCUGUGCCAGAUAUGACAUGGCUACUCGCUGGGCCAAAAUCACUGCCCCACCCCAGUAGUUUGGAUUAUGCAUCCUUUGUUUUGUUUGGGUUAUCUCAUUGGAUAUGUAAAAUGAACUACUGGAUUCUUUUCUUUGUGAAACAUCGGCAAAGAGAUGAAAGAGUUUUCUCCUCUUAGUUUGGAAUGGGAAAGAGUUCAUCUUGAGACAGCGUUUCCACUCAAAUACAAAAUACCUUCAAGUGUGAGUGAGCUGCAGAACCUUAAAACAGCAGAAGAGAGAGUUUUAACCUUUCCAUUUCUUUAAGUGUAGUUCAGCCAUCCCCCGUCCCUCUAGCUAUGUCCAGUUUCAACCAAACAAAGCAAUGUUAGCUAACAGGCAUUAUUGGUUUCAGAUGCUAAUGCAGAGAUAGUUCGUCACCGUUCUAUUUUGUGGUCAUUUUCCCGGUGUAUUUGUUGAGCACCAAAACUGGAAAUACAUUUAACUAAGAUUGUCUGUGCUUGUUUUCCACUAAGUGUACUGUUCACAAUGUUAUGCACAUGAAUGUAUGUGUCUGCGUUUAAAGAAGUGUAUAAAAUGUAAUUUAUAUAUUUAUGUUUCAGUGGGAUGCCAAUAAUGUUGCUCCGUUCCUUUUUUUUUUUUUUUUUUUUUUUUUUGUCUGAAAGAUAUCUAAUGAAAAAGAAAUCAUAUAUCCAUUAAAAUCAUGUAGAUGAAAAGCAUUAUGUGACCCACUCAGACACUGUGCAGGUAUGAGAGGAUGUUGAAGUCACUUAAGUGGAAUAAUUUGCAAAAAACCUUUUGGAGAGUCCUAUGGUCACACUGGCAUAAGAGGUUGCAUUGAAACAUGUGGGCCAGACUCCCUGGAGUAACUCUGUUGUCUGUAACGGAGCUCUGCUGAUUUACACCACCAGCGAGUCUGGCCUGUGUGAAGUUCUUGGGAAGAAAGUAAGCUAAGAGGCAUGCAUUUUGCUGGUGCCAGCAAAUAAGUGUGUUACGCCAAAUUCAGCAAACCAGGAGAGAAUGAAGACUGAAUGGAGUCUUUUCCAGUAGUUGUUUGUUUGAGGCUUGUAGUGUCGAGUUAAUUUUGUUACCAGGAAUGAAACGCACAUGAGCCUUUGCUCUCGAGCACAAUGUUUAUAUGGCAUGCAGCAGAUAACACAAAAAUCUCAGGGCUAUAUUCUCAGCUAGUAUAAAUUGGCAAAUGUUUUUUACUUCAGCCGCCCCUAAGCUAAUUUACAUCAGAUGAGGAUCCAGUCCGCAGUUCUAAAGCACGAGGAGCAGUGUCAGGACAUACGUGCCAUUUGCUGUCACCAGGCUGAGAUAUUACCUGGAGCCUUGUGAGCAUCGCAGGCUGUGCUGUUGGGCCUUCUGUGAGCUGGCAGAUAACAACCAGAAGGAACACUAAGUGUAAAGGUUGUGACACAGGAGACAUUAAUUCAAAGUUAAGUUGGACAUUUCAAGGGCCAUAUCCUCAGCUGGUGUAAAUCACCGUUGCUCUGUUGCCUGCAAUGGAGCGGUACCAGCUUACACCACUUGAGGGGCCGGUCCUUCAUUCUUGCUCAUCCCUUUCACUCCUCGGUCCUGCAGGGAUCUCAGAUUGUCGUGUACUGUUAAUGUAAUCCUGUGUUCUCUAAUACUUAAGCACAAUAAGUGAAUAUAAGAAUGAGUGUCAGACUUAACUUUGAAUGUCCGAGCUCUGAAAUGGUUUGUUUCACCAUUGUGGCUGUAAAUUAAACAGUUCUCUGUGCAUCUGUGAA